GUCGUUUGUUCUUGUGAGAAGAGAUUUUCUUAUCUGGGAUCUCUCUCUCUCUCUCUCUCUUCUCUCUCUCUCUCCUCUGUGGCCCAUCAUCAGAUCGAAAUCUCCCAAAUCUGAUGUUGAUCCACAUCUUCGUCCCCUUCCAAUGCCUCUGGAAACAUACCCACUUCUCUUCCAUUAGUACUUGUUAAUCUCUCCCUCGCUCUCUCUCUCUCUCUCUCUCUCUCUCUCUCUCUCUCUCUAUUCUUAUAAAAAAACAAUAUUUUGUCGUGCCCAUCUUUUGUUAUUCUUUACUGCUCCCACUAUCCUUGUCCUUGGUUGGUGUUUGGCUGCUUCAGUCGCCGGCGCUCACGGGAGAAGAAGAAGAAGAAGAAGAACAAAAACAUAUUUGGCAUUUGGGUGUCGGCUUCUCAGUUCGGAGAAGCCGAAUCCGGUCUCAAAAAGUCGUUUUGGGAGAAUCUGGAGAUUGCUGAGGGGGAGGGGCGAAGUGGGUCGAGAUCUCUCCAUGGCUGGAUAAUGUGACAUUUCUCUUUUGAUCCCAAACAAGGAUUGUAUUUAGUAUACUUCUAUCGCAUUCUCCGGCACUACAUUGUGAGACACCAAAAGAUGGUGCAGUAAGCAUUUGAUGGAAUGGGGACAAAGGUGGAGGGUAAAAGCUUCAUGCCUGGAUAUUUUGCUAUGGGAAAAUUUAGUGUGGACGAAAAUAGUUGUUAUUCUCGAUACGAGAAUACAGUGAAUGGGCAGAUACAUAAUGGUUUCGUGCUCGGGCCAAACAAUGGAUAUAUGGGGUAUGAUAAAGAAAUGUUGAAGCGCACAAUGCUUGAACACGAAGCUAUAUUUAGAAAGCAGGUCUAUGAACUUCACCGCCUUUAUAGAAUACAAAAGGAUCUCAUGGAAGAGUUCCAGAGGAAAGAGUUACACGGGUACUCAAUACCAGCAGAUACAUCGCAAUCAAACUCCAUUACAUCUCAAAUGCUACACCUGCAGAAUGCAAAUGAUAGAUCACCCACCGUCGGUCCUGAUCAGUGGAAACCUUAUUUAAACUUCUUAAAAGAAAAUUCCAUUCAGUCCUGUCCAGAUGGACUGCACUUGAAUAAGGACAAUCUUCAAGGGUUCACGAGAAAAAUGUUUGACCUUCAACUUCCAGCCGAUGCACGUAUUGGCAACGAUGGCUCCGAAAUAUUUGGAAAGAAAAAUGCUGCUGAGUCCUCAUUUAAACCUAUCAUUCUUGUUGGCAAAAUCAGUGGAAAAAAUUCUAGAGAUGAUUUCAAGCUUUCUCUUGGUGCUAAUGAGGGUCCUAGUUGCAAAGAAGACAGUUGGAUCUCAGAUUCUCAAACACCGCGCACUAUAAAUGGCCAUAAAGUGGUUGAUUUGAAUGAAACUGUUGCAGAUUCUGAAGGGGCUACAGAUAAUGCAUCUAUAGAUUUUCUUGGUGUCAAAACUUAUAAUGCAAAGGAUCAACUGAAUUAUCCAUCAACAAGAUCAAAUGUAGAUUUCUUGGGCCCACCAAGGUUCCUCGUCAAAGACAGGCAUGCGAAUAAAGGGACUAGUUCAAAUUUCUUUGAUGCAAAUGAGGAAAUUAGGCGGGAUAUAUCAUUCGUUAAUAGUGGAAAUGGAAAAGGUACGAGCUGUAAGAACAGUUUUACCCCCAAUAGCUGCAAUGGUGAAUUUGGAAUUUCUUCUAAACUGAUACAUUUUAAGCUAAACCAACUAGAUCAAGAUAGUAAGGCGGCAUGCCCCGCACAAAAACCAGCUGAUAGCAUUGGAGCUCCCGGAAGAAAGUGUUUCGCUAUCCCGAACAACUUAAUGGCUUCUUCCUCUGUUCUUCAGAAAGACCACUCAAACACUGCACCUCAAUCAGUUCUAUACUGGGCAAAUUCCAAAAAUGAAGUAAGCCACACUUCAGCAGCGGUCAAAGCAUUUCCAUGCCUCAAUUCAUCAAAUUUGGAAAGUAGUAAUUCCAAUGUAUUUCACCAACAAUCCGGCCUUUUUACCCAAAAUUGGAAAAACUGUGAGGGUUUGUCUAAUUUAAAUAGCUAUAAUCAUGGUCUUUCAUUGGAUUCAAUUUCUGCAACAAAUUUACAACACCUUUCAAUGAUUCGUCCUGAAGUGAACUAUGGGUGCAAUGAAUCAAUGGAUUCAAGAAGGCCAAAUAUGGCAUUGAGUUCCGUAAAUGGUCAUUCUGAGAUGAUGUCCAGCUCCAAUGGAAAUACUCGACAACUAUUGAAGAAAAAGGAAAAUGUGUUCGGUCUUUCUGUCUGUAAGGCGCAGUUUCAGGAUAAACAGUUUGGCUUGCCAAAGAAUGAAACUUCUGAUGAAACUGCUAUGAGAAUUCUCGGCUUUUCUGUUGGUGAUAACAUUCAGAAAAGUGCAUUUUGUUCAUCUAAAUCCUCAAAUGACUCUAACAACAGAAACAGGGAAAAAGAUUAUAUACAUGAUGCUUGCUUCAAUAAGCCACUGGCUGAAAGAGCUUUGGAAAAGAGCAGCAUGACCCUCAGGAUUUACAUCGAUCUGAAUGAUGAGUUACCAUCAAUGGACGAUCCGAGUUCAUCAGAGUUUUUGCCAGAAACCCAGAAAGCUGAAGGUAAUGUCAAUUUUCAUCAGGAGUCUGUUGCAUCGAGCAAACCAGACGGUUCACUGAAAAAAGUAAACUCUGAUGAUUCAUUCGCCAUAUCAGCGGCGAAGAAUCUUAUUGCUAUCUCAAAGGACAUAGCAUGUUUGCCAUCUUUAGCUUCUCAUUGUGACACCCUACAAUGGUUUGCCGAGGUUGCUAUAUCAAGUAAAGAGAAUUCGGGGAUUCCAUCCGUAGAAGAUGACGAUGAAUUAGAUUUAUUUGAAACCAUGACCUUGGAGCUUGAAGAAACUAAGAUCGAGGACUACUUAAACCAGCCAAAAGCACCUGAAUGUGAAAAAGGGGAGGAGACAGGUGCGGCUUCGCUCCUCUUUACAAGGACUAGGAGGGGCCGUGCGAGAAGGCGGCGGCAGCGAAGAGAUUUUCAAAAGGAUAUUUUGCCGGGCCUUGUAUCAUUGGCCCGGAACGAAGUAACGGAGGAUCUUCAAAUGAUCGGUGGGCUGAUGAAAGCCUCGGGCCAAUCAUGGCAGUCAAGCUUAACAAGACGGGCCAGUCGAAAUGGGCUGCAGGCAAAGGGAAGGAAGCAGUCUCGAAGCGUGGCUGUCGCUGAAGAAGAAGAAGACAUUCAGAUAAGCACUUCUGCGGUGUGGCCAAAUUGUGCUGAGUUGGGCACUCAAGGGGCCAGUAUUGUCGGGUGGGGAAGGACGACGAGGCGAUGCCGUAGGCCGAGGUGUCCUCCGAGUAAUUUGCCUACUGUUCCUCUAACUUGAAGUUUACUUCUCUUUUUUUUUUGCCAAAAAAUAUUUGCUAUACUUAUGAUGAUGCAAAAGAGGGAAUUGGCAGUAACAAAGUACAAAUGGAGUAUACAAAUUGAGGACUCUGAGGUAAAUAUACUCAUGAAUGUACAUGUUCUAAUUUGGAUAUUCGACUAUUUGUAUUGAGUUGAAACAGCUUGUACAUUUUUGAAAUAAAUACUGAUAUUGGACUAGUAUUCGAACCCAUGGAAGUGAUGGGGUUUUUGGAGCAAA